AGGACAAACGGCGCGGUCACACCGGUCGGGUUCUUGCACACCGCCAUAGUAUCUGAUUGAUCUCUGUGAAGAAGCUAGUUGAGCAAAAAAACAUGUCGAAGCCCCGCCUUACCUAUUUUGCUGGCAGAGGAUUCGCAGAAGUCACUCGUUUGGCUUUGAAUGCUGCUCAAAUUGAAUAUGAUGAUGUUUACCUCCGAACCCGUGAAGAAUUCUUACAGUUGAUCACAGAUGGCAAACUGAUGUUCAAGCAAGUUCCUCUCCUGGAGAUCGAUGGCAAGAAUCUUAUUGGGAGUGAGUGCGUUCUUCGCUAUGUCUGCAACAAGGCUAAACUACAAGGGAAGUCAGAUGACGACCAAAGCAAGAUUGAGAUGCUGUCGAUGGGAGCCAGGGACAUGCUGAAGGGGGGAUUCAGUGGCGCUAAGUUUCAAGCAACGCCGGAGAAGGAAGAAGAGAUGUUGCAGAGCGCAGCCAAGCAGUGCAAGGACAGGUACCUACCGGUCUUUGAAAAGGUCUUGGGCGAGAAUAAGUCUGGGUUCCUUGUCGGAGAUUCGCUCACCAUGGCUGACCUCAUGUUCUUUGACGGUCUCAGCUACGUGAACGAGAUCCCUAAAAUCAAAUCAUUGCUAGAUGACUUCCCAAACUGCAAGGCCUUCAUUGUCCAUUUCUCCAGCCAGCCAGGGAUUAAAGAGUACCUUGCUAGCCCUAGGCGCCACCCUCCUCCCAACGAUGAGUAUGUGCGGGGUGUCCGCAAAGUCCUGAACCCACCAAGUUCCUAAGACAUGUGUGCUUUGUGUGUUGGCACUGUUGUGUGUGCCUACAUUUAUGUGUGUUCUAAGCAAGUUUGACAAUCACAGUGGAUCCAUCUCGUAUUCACUGCCUUUCAGUAACAAGCAAUCUAUGUCCAGGGUUUUAUAAGUGUUAUAUGUCAAAGCUCAAUUUAACUUGCAAGUUAAUUUGCAUGGAAGCUGAAAAAUAAGAGAAACAGAAUGGCAACCAUUUUGAAUUAAAUCAGACCAGGAGUUAUGAAAGUUUGAAAUAUGAGAUCACUAAAUCUAUCCAAAUCUUAAGUUGGCAAUGUGGUCAGUGGAUUAUGACUUAGUCAUGGAUAACUUCCUUGUUGUCAAGUACACAAAAUAUUAAUUGUUUCUGUUUUUCUUCUAAGUGCCUUCUCCCUUUGGCUACUACACAAGAUAUAAUAUGGACAGCAUAUAAUAUAUUUUUUUCCAAAAAGAAGAAAAUAAAGAAGAAAACCCUCCUGAAUAAUACAUUUUGAAGAAUUUUUUUUAAAAAGUUGUCCGGUACUACAUUGUAGUAACAUUACUGAUUCAGCCAGUUUGAAGUGUCCCUAGGUAUGUACAUGUAUGUAGCGAUUACAACUAUCAAAAUGUAUAACUUUCUGAUUUCUUUUAGAAUAAUUGUCUACUAAGGUUGGAUUUUCCUAAGAGGCUCUAUAAGUGUCACUGAGGUGUAAUGAGGCUAUUAUGAUAGUUCUGGAAGUGGUCCAAGCAUAUGGUCAAUGUGGCUGUUUUUGUAUACAUUCUAUAGUUUGUUUUGCAUAUAUUGGAAAUGAUAGUAAAUCCAUGUUUUCAUAUAUAUAUAUAGGUUUUCCAAACAUAAAAAGUACAUCUGCCUAGAUAAAACACAAUUUUCAGUACUUAUCAAUCAUCAUAUUCCACAGUAUUUGUUAAUUGUUAUCAUUUUAAAUCCUUAAAUCAUGUACACGUAUAUCUGUUUGUAACUUCAAAAGCAUGCAGCUGUAUGAGACUUUAAUAAAGAAACAAAGAAACUAUUCAAUUUAUCCAGCA